CCUUCAUCACAUUUAUUUUAUAUUUUUGUUCCAGAGGCUCUACAUUGAAACACAAUCUGAGACAACGUAUGUGCAGCAGUUUUUAAAAUCCAAAUCCCUGAUUGCUGGGUUGCUGACCCUCACUGAAACGGUGAAGGUUACAUGAAAUGAGGGUCAAAGGCCACAUCCAAAACCGCACAGCAGCUUAAAGAACUGUUAACUCCUCCUCCUCCUCCUCUGCCUCUCUCACCAGCAGCAGGAGCAGCUCAGCUCCGACACUUGAGAGAAAUUCCUCAGAUCAGCAGCUGUGUGCGCGGGAAGAGGAAAAUUCUUUUAGUGUCACUUAUUAAAAUCCUAAUUUAUUUUUGAACAUGAAGGAACUCUCCCCUGAGGCCCUGCUGUUGUCUUUUGCGCAUUUGUGUUUCCUGUGUAGUUUUCUGAGUGAAGCUCGCGCUCAGGAGGCAGCUGGUGCUGAUGAUGCGGAGAGCAUCACCACCUCCAGCUCCGACCAGCUCCUGCCCGGGUUGACAUGGCAACACAACGGGCAGGUUUUCAGAAUCCUGACCCGCGACUCUGCUUACCGGCCGUCCCGCAGGAGCCAGACCGGGUCGCGCCGCCACCACCACCACAGCCCCGUGGUCGUCGUCAGCAGCAGUAACGACACGGCCUCCGCAGGGUCCCGCGGCUCCCGGCGGGUUCCCGCGGCCAGCAGCACCGAGCAAUUACGCGCCAUGACGCGUCACCGGCAGCCGCCGCCCGGCGCCCACGGUGGCUCUGCCCCGGUGGGACGGGAGGACAUGAUGGCCGGAGAUGAUCCGUACAACCCGUACAAGGCUUCCAACUAUGAUCCCUAUUAUAACUACUACAACUCGUACUACAGACCCAGACCCAGGACUCAGCCCCGGCACGGAUACGGCACCAGCUACCACCAGCACGGUCUCCCUGAUCUGGUUCCUGACCCCUACUACAUCCAGAUCGCCACCUACGUCCAGAGAAUGCCCAUGUACAACCUGCGCUGUGCCGCUGAGGAGAACUGCCUCGCCUCGUCCUCCAGUUACUCUCAGGAUUAUGACACCAGGGUUUUGCUGAGGUUCCCUCAGAGGGUGAAGAACCAGGGAACCGCUGACUUUCUGCCCAGUAAACCUCGAUAUGCCUGGGAGUGGCACAGCUGUCAUAAUCACUUCCACAGCAUGGACGAGUUCAGCCUGUACGAGCUGCUGGACAUCCAGACUCAGAGGCAGGUCGCCGAGGGCCACAAGGCCAGCUUCUGUCUGGAGGACACUUCCUGUGACCCGGGAUAUUACCGCCGCUUCGCCUGCACCUCACACACUCAGGGUUUGAGUCCAGGUUGCUAUGACACCUACAACGCUGACAUCGACUGUCAGUGGAUCGACAUCACCGACGUCUCACCUGGAAAAUACAUCCUCAAGGUGACAGUAAACCCCAGGCACCAGGUUCCAGAGUCCAACUUCAACAACAACGUGGUUCGUUGUGACGUCCAGUACACCGGCACCGCCGCUCACGUCUCCGGAUGCACCAUGACAUCCUACUGAGACGAGUUGGACAUGGACGGAGGACACAGGUGAAGCUGCACAGGAGCAAAUAUUAAAGUUACAGUUUGUUUAAACGUGACUCUGAAAAUUCAAUUGGAAUCAGAAUAAGACAAAAACUCGUGAUUAAAUCCGUGAUAGAAACACCUGAGCAGGGACCGUGCUGAUUAACGGAGCUGGAUUAUCACCAAACUCGCUGUGGUCAUUUACCCCAGCUCUGGGCUUCAGUGCAGUUUUGGCUCUUUGCGUGAGUCGCCACGUUUACCUGACAGCUGUUCUUACUGGUUUGUCACUUUUCACUUUCCAGAUUUAGUUUUUAUAUCUGACAUAAAAACCUACUGAGAGAAGCUAAUUUUGACUGUGGGGCGAUUAGAUAAGUUUUCUGUUUCAAUGGGAGAUAAUGACACACGCAGCCAAAGGUCAGAGGGGGGGGGGGGGGGGGGGGGGGGGGGCAGUUUUACCAGGAUUACGCUUAUUUUUACAUGAUAUAGUAAAUAGUUGUAUUAUUUUCUGAUCUUAAUCUCUGAUGAACAAACUCACUAAAACUCUUUUUAUCACAAUCACAGAAAAAUCAUUUUGUGAUCAGCAGAUAGAAACUUACAUGCAUGUCUUUUCUGUUCUUCCAUAGACUUCUUUUAUACUAAGUGUGAUAUAACUGACGUUUUACUUUACAUUUUAAUGUUAAUUUAAAGUUUUACAUUUUAGACAUUCAGGACAUUUUCAGUGGAAAUCGACACACGUGAGGUGUAAUUUCACUAAUCAUGCUCUAUGUUCAUUAUUGGUGCUGUAGAGUAGAUCUUUGAUUUUUGGUGCUAAAUGUUUUCACUUGGUGCCGUUUUGUCCUCAGACUGAACAGAGGGACACGAAAUGAGCAGCCGGUGAAAAACAAGUGUCCGACAGAAAAAAAAAAUUAAUGUGUGUUUCUGUUGGUGAACGCUGUAUGGAGUGUGUAUACACAGUGCACAGUGUGUGUACUUGUGCUUGUACUUGACAACCUGUAACCACACAUGCCUGCAGAACUGUAUAUAGGCGAGCUCACAUCUCAUCUUAUCAACCUGCA